GGCGGCGGCGGCGACGGUCGCCGGGAGGGUGGGGGCUGAGAGGGGUGUGUCCGCGCGCGCUGUCAGCCGUCGCCUUGGCCGUUAUUCGCUCCCCCCCCCGCUCCUCCCUUUCCCUCAGCGGUGCUUCUUCAGGGGGGUUUCCGAGGGGCGCUGCCCUUGAUCUUGGGAAAGGGGUUGAAGGGGGGGGGGAAGUAAGGCCAGAUUAUAAUUUCAGAUAUUACUGAAGCAACAAUCUGUUUGAGAGACUUUGGGUUACAUAUGAAGUUCCUGAUUUUAAAGUGGCACAACUGCAAUGAAGAAAAGGAGAAAGCUCACUGCAAAUUUAGAUGACAAAAAACAUCUUGAUCAUCGAAGGGAAUCUUCAGAUAAGAUUCCCGUUGCAGAUUCUGUGCAGAAAGCUAUUGCCGAUUCUGCAGGAGUAGCUGCAGCAGACCAGUUUGAGUAUUCUAAAGAACUCCUGCCAUCAACAGCUCAAAGAAAGCUUUUGAGCUCCCUGCAGUACAACAGAAAUCUACUCAAAUAUUUAAAUGAUGAUCGACAGAAACAACCAUCUUUUUGUGAUCUGCUCAUAAUUGUUGAUGGAAAAGAAUUUAGUGCCCACAAAGUAGUAGUUGCUGUUGGGAGUAGUUACUUUCAUGCCUACUUGAGCAAAAAUCCAAGUACAAAUGUCGUUACCUUGGAUCACGUAACUCAUUCAGUUUUCCGCCAUCUACUUGAAUUUCUCUAUACGUCAGAGUUUUUUGUGUAUAAGAAUGAAAUCCCCUUAGUUUUAGAGGCAGCUAAGUUUUUAGAUAUUAUCGAUGCAGUCAAGCUGCUGAACACUGAAAAUGUUUCCAGUUUGCAAUUUGAAGAGACGUUGGAGAAUGCACCCCAGGUAGAAACAUCCAGUGAGCAAACUCCCCAAGCAGCAAGCAAUCACCAAUGCACUCUGUGCAAUCGCAACUUUUGUUACAAGAAAUCCUUAGAAAAUCACUUGUCCAGAGCACACAAAGCUACUGCCCGGGAAAAAAAACAUGGGCUAAAAAUGGUCGAGAGCUCAGAUACUUCUACCAGAAGAUCAUUGCGAAAUCGCAAAUGUCCGGCUAAGUUUGAUCAAAAUGACAACGAAAGUGGAGAUGCAUCUGAUGGCAAUUUAAAUCAAGCGAGUCCUGGCAAGAAAAAUGAUGAGUCUAACGACGAGUCUAACAAUGAGUCUGAAGACAGUGGAAGUGAAUAUCACACUGAUGAAGACAGGCAAGGAGAGGACACAACUGACACUGAAUCUGAAGAGCAAAGUGAAAAAGAACGUGAUGAAGAAAGACACGAGACAGGUGAUCCAGCAGGAAAUAUUUCUGGAGGCAGUCUUUCCACACAUAUUCCAGUCAUUUUUCAGAACGGUAGCAAAAAAUACUUGCAGUGUCCUAAGUGUAAUAAAAUAUUUGAUCGAGCAGGGAAAUUUGAGAUCCAUUCUCGUGUGCACACUGGUGAGAAGCCGUUUCAGUGCGAUAUCUGUCAUCAGCGCUAUUCAACCAAAUCCAACUUAACUGUACACAGAAAGAAGCACAAUGAUGAAAUUGUAUGUCAUAAAAAGGAACACAAAUGUCCAUAUUGUAACAAACUGCACGCCACAAAAAAGACCCUAGUAAAGCACUUGAAGAGAUUCCAUCCUGAAAAAGUACAGGAAUUUCUCUCCAAAAAGAAAAAGAGUGAAGGCUGGAAAUGUGAUAUUUGCAAUAAAUCUUUCACUCGAAGGCCUCAUCUGGAAGAACACAUGAUUCUACACACACAGGAUAAGCCCUUUAAGUGUACAUAUUGUGAAGAGCACUUUAAAUCCCGCUUUGCAAGACUGAAGCAUCAAGAAAAGUUCCAUCUUGGACCUUUUCCAUGUGAUAUUUGUGGUCGUCAGUUUAAUGAUACUGGCAAUCUGAAGCGCCAUAUUGAAUGUACUCAUGGAGGAAAGAGAAAAUGGACAUGCUUUAUUUGUGGGAAAUCAGUUAGAGAAAGAACAACUUUGAAAGAGCACUUGAGAAUCCACAGUGGAGAGAAGCCUCAUUUGUGUAGUAUUUGUGGGCAGAGUUUUCGUCAUGGAAGUUCAUACAGACUUCAUCUGCGGGUCCACCAUGACGACAAGCGGUAUGAAUGUGAAGAAUGUGGAAAGACUUUCAUUCGUCACGACCAUCUGACAAAACACAAAAGGAUACACUCAGGUGAAAAGGCCCAUCAGUGCGAAGAGUGUGGAAAAUGUUUUGGACGAAGAGACCACCUCAGUGUUCAUUAUAAAAGCGUUCAUCUUGGAGAAAAGGUGUGGCAAAAGUACAAGGCAACAUUUCAUCAGUGUGAAGUCUGUAAGAAAGUGUUCAAGGGGAAAUCAAGUUUGGAAAUGCAUUUUAGGACACAUUCAGGUGAAAAACCGUACAAAUGUCAAAUUUGCAACCAGUCUUUCAGGAUUAAGAAGACGUUAACGAAACAUAUGGUUAUUCAUUCGGAUGCCCGGCCUUUCAACUGUCAGUAUUGCAAUGCGACAUUUAAACGAAAGGACAAGCUGAAAUAUCAUACUGACCAUGUGCACAGAGGAAAGUCUGCUGAAGAAUCACUAAGCCCAGUGCCAGAGGAGAAAGUAGUCUCUUUGCCAACCCAGCUUGUACCCGAUGACAAGGCUUUCCAAAGUGAGUCUAAACCGUUUGUGGAACCAACCAAGGUUUAUCAAGCAGAAACCAAAACAAUGCUACAGAAUGUAUCGCCAGACGUGUGUGUACCAGUAACACUGAUACCCGUGCAGAUACGCGAAACUCAGUCCGAUCUUGUGGAACAUACUACCCCUGUUUCAUCUUCACCUCACAACCUUCUUUCUUCGCAACCUCCUCCAGCGGACUACCAGCAAGCGACGGAUUUGGCAUUUCUAGAAAAAUACACACUCACUCCACAGCCUGCAAACAUCGUUCAUCCGGUCAGACCUGAGCAAAUAUUGGAUCCUAGAGAACAGUCUUAUCUUGGAACAUUGCUGGGUCUUGAUACAGCUCCCUCAGUGCAGAAUAUUUCAACUAAUGAGCAUUCGUGAUUAUGCGGCACAGGCUAUUACGACAAUAGUCAACUAAGUAAUUCACUAGUGCCAGGAUUUCUGCUUGUGCAAUUGAACAACUUCUUCUCAAACCUGCUAUGGGGGGCUGAGGGAACCCCCAGAUUUAGGAGACACAUGGGGAGGGGAGCGGGAGUGGCGUUGCAUAGCCCAAAAUCCUUGUGCUAGUGGAACUACUUCGUUGGAAAUAGUUCUUAUAUUUCCCUAGUCUUGCUUCUCUGUUUAGCAGUCAGAAAGCUCUCAAAGCGAAAAGUUGCCAAGUACAAGGGAAAAGAAGUAUUUUUAAAUGCAGUGGUUCAACAUUCAAAAUAUAAUUGUGUGGUUUUUAAAUAUUGUACAGCUAUUUUUAAAACAACUUUCAUGAGGUAAUCUUAUUCGUCAAGAAACCUUAAAUGAAAUAAUUGGGCCAUUUAUGAA